AAAGGUAUUGCCAUGGGAUCGGUUAUAGGACCAAAAUUGGCUGAUAACUAUAUGAAUAAAAUAGAUGAAAGAAUUUCAAGUCUAACAGUUUCAUCCAAACACAUUGAGGAAUAUGCAAAUAGAUUACAUAAAAAUUUAAAGUUUACAAGUGAAGAUGAACAACAAAAUAAAAUGAAUUUCUUAGAUGUCACCAUAAAAAGAGAAGAAACAAGUGUAUCAUUUAGUAAGUAUGAAAAACUAUGUAAUAAUGGUAAAACUAUUAACUUUAAAUCUUACUGUCCUUUAGAAAAUAAAAAGAAUGUCUUUAAUAUGGAAUUGAGAAAGAUACUAAAUCGAACAACUCAGCAAGAAAACAUAGACAUCGAAGUAAAACAAUUGUUUAAAAAAUUUCAGUUAAAUGAUUAUCCGAAGCAUAUUCUCUGUAAAAUAUACGGCAGAACGGGUUGA